GAAAAGAGAAAUAUGCAGUAAUAGAAUUUCUUUAGAAUAAAAAAACGCUGAGUUAGGUUUCAUGGACCUUUCUUCCACUUUCUGUGUGAGAGAGAUAGACAGAGUAUAGGGAAAGAAAGAGGGAGACUGUGGACACGAACUUCGAUGGCGGGCACUCCUGAUCUUUGCUGACGAGGCUUUGCACUCGACCGGUCUUGGCAUGCACUCCUGGGUCUUCUUCCGUUUCAAUGUCAAAUAUAAUGACACCUUCAAAUUUUUAAUGGAAGUUCUUUGGAGUUGAUCUUUUCCUCUUUUCUUCGUGCUGUUUUCCCAGGCUUCGUGAUUGGCAUUAGAGUCAUCCUAAUAGGGAGAAGUCAUCCUAUGGAAUAUAGUCGUCCCUCUCCUGUGAAAUAAACCGAUGUUAAGUGGUCCCUCCUUACCUUCUUUAUUGUGCAAACUUCCAAUCCUUUCCAUUGCAGUGGUGUCCGGAACAGUUGUACGGGUGUUUUAGUGUGAUGGAUCCUGCGCCAUCCUCAUGGACGUUCUUGAAUAGGAUGAAGAGGCACUUAGACUAAGCCUUUCCGACCUUCUUGGGACGACGGAGGUGAACAAUUCGGCGAGGGUACGGCUCGUAUGGCACGGCUCAUGGGGUCCAGGGAGAGGAGCGUGGGCGGAGGUGAACAAGGAAGUCAAGUGGUGGUUGAUGCUGCACGCCUACGGCUUUGCUAUUUCGUUUCUCGUGCUAGCUUUUUACGCCUUCUUUUCCAUUUUGAACAUAAGGUCGCUGAUAACGAAAAGGCCGUACAUGUCGACAAUUAACGUCUUCCUUUGUGUUCUAAGCUCUUCGCGGGCUGUCUGCCUCUUCAUUGACCCAUACGCCCUUAAAAACAUUAUGCCUCGUUUGUUGGGCUUGGCGAUUUGGGAUUUGGGCUUCCCGAGCCUGGUUUCGGCCCUGGCACUACUCCAGCUGGCCCUCCUGCGGCUCACGCAGAUCCCCAGCGCCCCCCAGCCUCUCAAGAACAGCUCCUGCCUUUCGUUGGCCAUCACUCUCCAUUUCGCCUCGGUGCUGGCCAUCGACACAACCCUGGCACUCCACCCGCACGUCCUAGUCGCAAAGUACGUCGUCGACACUGCGUUCCACGUCUGGGGGGCUGCCGUUUGCGCCGUAUUCCUCUAUUCGGGGGUGAAGGCGAUGCGGGUGCUGAGCGACAUGCCAUCUGCCAUGCUCGAGAGGGACAUCGACGCCCAGUACAAAGGGAUCAUGCAACUCGCCAUGCUCGCCCCUUACAACAACCUGGCCACUUCGGUCGCCGCGGCCCUCGUCCCGACCCUCCUCGCCCCGAAGCUCGUCCACGAGAAGAAAGGCAUCGCCGCCUCCUCAUCCUCUUCGAAGACGGAGCCGGUGAAGAGUUGCAUCCUCAAGCCGACCCCCAAACCGAGCCCGAACAGCUCCGAUAACGAGGAGCCACGGACCACCGACCAAGGACAGAGAAGGACCAAAAAGCUCAGCUGGGGACCAGAAAGGCGGAUAUCCGGCCAACUACCGAAAAAGGCAAGCGGUACGAGGCUCGAGGAGGAAAACGAAGACGUCAACACGAGCCUGCUUCCCCAAAGGGAAUCCAAGAGCGACCUGACUCUCGACGCGAUCUUGAAUCACAUCGCGUACAUGAACAGGGGUGGCGUGAGCGAGACGACGCAGAGCAGGAAGCAGCGGCUGCGUAAUGUCCUACGACUCACGACCCUCACGCCUUUCCUAGCCCUCCUCUUCGUCCUCACAAGCCUUUUUCGAAUUUACGACCCAGCAUGGUACGACGGCUACAAGAAGUGGCUCGCGUUCGAGACCUGCUGCAGGAGCCUCGAGGUGGUGAUCGCCUGGUCGAUGGCCAACCUGACAAAGCAGCCAGUCUCAAACCACAGCAUCACAGGCUACCAGACGCACGGUUCCAAGCAAAGCAUGUUCAUGUGAAAAAGGACAUCUACUUGUCCAGGGGUUUUCUAUGACCAGUCGACCAGAAGAUAAUAAUUUUUUUUAAAAAUCAAUUUAACUUAGUACGGUCUUAGAAGGAGAAGCACAAAGAUAAACAUAAAUUCCGGCAAAUUUUACUUGUUAACAAUUUAGCCUCCAAGUGAAUAACCAGAUGUCCAGGGUAAAAAUAAUAACAUAAAUUUCUCGUUUUAAAAAAACAUUUUUCUAUCGCAUGUACUAUUUAAAUAAUAAUCAGUAGUUUUAAAGGGCGUUUGUGUACGUAUAAAGGGGGUCCGCCUGUUCUCGCUAGGGGAAGAAAGUUAUUUAUUCAUUUUUAAUACUUGUACAGUCAUAUAUUUUUUUUAAUUAGUCAAAACCGGGCACAAAAAUGACAUUGAAAAUAGACAUAUCUAAAGAAAUUUUUUUUAUCUUUGACAAAUUAUCACAGCAAAAAAAAAAUAUAUAUAUAGUAAAGUCGCAUUAGAGACGGUGAAGUUAUUAAAUUUUGGUUUAAUUUUACUAUUUACAUAAUUACAAUGUAAGAGCGAUAGGGAGCGUGAGGGGAAGAGAGAUAGUCAGAGAGAGAGAGAGA